AUGUUUGAAAAAAGCCAGACAAAAGAAUUUCAAAAUGAACAUAAUACGAGCGAAGCGAGAGAUAACACCAAUUUUAACAGCACACUUACUCGUCCUACACCAACCAUAAACGAACCACAAAGGCUCUCUAACCGAAGACUUAGCUUUGCCUUGGAUGAAGCAUCUCUACGUAAUUUGAAACAUCAAAAGAUGCCACUUUAUAACAAGGAUGUCUCUCAAGGAGUAAUGACAUGUGAUGAUCAAGAAGAAGACAUGUUCUACUUGGACGAAGAAAUACCAGAAGAUGAAGAAGAAAAAGAGGAAAAUAGUCAUCAAGAUGCGGGAAAUAUCACAGAAGAAAGCAAGGAUGAUGAUGAGCAGAGUCUAUUAUCAGCUUCUUUUAGAAAAUCUGUUUCUGAAAUAGACCAAAAAUACCCAUGGAUCAAAAAGAAAAACAAUACAAGUAAAUACCUUCAAGACUUUGAUAUUAAAAAAGAUGUAAAGAACAACAAUGAAGAAGAAGAAACAGCCAUUUCUACUUAUGCCACCUCUGUUCCAAUCACAAUUAACUACUUUAUGGAUGACAAUGAAGAGAAUGAUAAAGAAAACAAGGCAGCAGGUCAAAAUACACCCAAGGAUAUUUUAGCCAAGAGUUUUGCCAAUUAUGAUUUUUCAUAUUCUGAUCGACUUUUAUCUGAACAGUUUCCAGCACCAAGAAGAAGAAAGAGUUACGUACCUGGAUCCUCCGUGAUCAAUCCUCAGCUACACAGUCUCGUAGGUAACUCACUAAACACAGGAGGAAGCUUAAGAAAGAACAGCACUCAAAUAUACUUGAAAGAUGAAGAGGAAGAAGAAGACUUUGAUCCUUCAGUCCCUCCUCAUAUAUGGGCAGCUAUGGAGGCAAAGGAUGAUGCCGAAUUUAUUGACCAUUCAUACAAUGCGAGUUAA